AUGGUGAUGGGAUGGAAAAUGGCGGCUGUUCGUACACCGCAUUAACUUUAUCCCAUAUUAGUAUUAACAGCAGCAUGUACACCCUUUUAUUGUAGUGUAUAAGAAAUAUCUGAGUAUUGUUAUUUUAACAAGACUUUAGGUCAUGUUGUUUUUUUUCUAUCUGUUAGAGCGGGACGCCGUUUCAAAAAGCGGGACACGAGUUGGUAUGGUGAAGGCAAGGAACAAAGCUCGAGUAUUCAGACAGGCUUGAUUUUAUUAUAAACAUAAUUUUCUAUACAUUUUCACUUGUUACCGUAAUUGGCCUCUUUAAAAGAGUUUGGCUCCACAUUAAGCUUCCCAUACCCAGCUCACUUUGGUUCAGCAAACUCACUGUCAAGCCAGUGAGGUUAGGUUAACGUGAGAUGAGUUUUAGAGCUAUCCAAAGACAACAAAUGGCUUAGGUUCGUCUCAGUUAGCUAGCCAGGAGACUUUUUUUUUUUCUGUUGUAACUUAAGCUAAGUUAGCCUAGUAGUAGAGCCACCGUUGUUUACUAUCCGAUGGAGCCGAGCUGCGUUACGGUACAGCCGACGGUGGUUGACACUGUGCGCUGUUGAAUACCCGCUCUUGGUUGGGCAGAGCGCCUGUUUCCUGUGAUAAUGGAUGAUUCCAAGCCACGGUACAGCAAAAGGCUGCGUGCCGGCACGCGGCGGCGUUACCAUGACGACGGCAUCUCAGAUGAGGAGAUCGACGGAAGGAGAAUGUUCGACCUGGAGGAGAAAGUCAGCAGUCAGAGGUUCAGCUCUGACCGGGUUCUUCGCAUGGAGGGAAAAGACUUCACAUAUGAGUUUGUCCAGAGAGGCGGCCUGAGGGACCCAAUCGUCUUUGAGAAGCCCGACGGACUGGGACUCAAGAUGCCCGGCGCCGACUUCAGUGUCAACAGCGUCAAGAUGCAUGUCGGUAGCAGACGUAUGAUCGACGUGAUGGACGUGAGCACUCAGAAGGGGACAGAGAUGUCCAUGGCCCAGUGGACGCGUUACUACGAGACCCCUCCGUCUCAGAGAGAGAAGCUCUAUAACGUCAUCAGCCUGGAGUUCAGCCACACCAAGCUGGAGAACCUGGUCCAGAGACCUGCCACAGUAGAUCUGAUAGACUGGGUGGACAACAUGUGGCCUCGUCACCUGAAAGAGAGACAGAGAGACUCGACCAACUCCAUCACUGACAUGCAGUACCCCAAAGUACAGAAGUACUGUCUGAUGAGCGUUGAGGGCUGCUACACAGACUUUCACGUUGACUUGGGAGGGACGUCAGUGUGGUACCACAUACUGAGAGGAAGCAAGGUGUUCUGGCUGAUCCCUCCCACCCCUCAGAACCUGGAGCUGUACGAGAACUGGGUGCUGUCUGGGAAACAGGGAGACGUCUUCCUCGGAGACCGGGCGUCUGACUGCCAGAGAAUUGAACUGAAGCAGGGCUGCACUUUCAUCAUACCCUCAGGUUGGAUUCAUGCUGUCUACACUCCCGUGGACUCCAUGGUGUUUGGAGGAAACUUCCUGCACAGCUUCAACAUCCCCAUGCAACUGAACAUCUGUAAUAUAGAGGACAGAACGCGGGUUCCAGUGAAGUUUCGUUACCCCUUCUAUUACGAGAUGUGCUGGUACGUGUUGGAGCGCUACGUCUUCAGCCUCACUAAGAUCUCCUACCUCACACCAGAGUUUCAGAAACACUCACUGGGCAUUGGUCUGAAGAAGCCGCCUGGUUUGGAUCUGGACAAUGAGCAGGCGGAGGAGGAGGUUGGUGACAGUGAUGAAGAGGCUUCAGAGCAGCAGUCUGACAAGCCCGCAGUAAAAGUUCACAUGACUCCCCUCGAGCUGGAGGGAAUGUGGAACCUGCUGGGUAAACUGGAGGCUCUGCCCUCCAACAAGAAGUGUGUCCCAGCAGGGAUACACAACGCCCCGGCACUCAUUAUACACAUCAAGGCCCUGCUGAAGGAACACGCCAAUGACAAUGCCCAACUGUCCUACACAGGAAAACCCAUCGUCAAGUGGCCAAAGAGACCCUCGUGGUACCAGCCUCCUCCUCCUCCACCGCCUCCUCCGUGUAAGCGCUGUGAAGCCUGUAUGAGGCCAGAGUGCGGGGACUGUAACUUCUGCAGAGACAUGAAGAAGUUCGGAGGACCAGGGAAGCUCAAGCAGACCUGUGUACUACGACAGUGUAUGUCUCCGGGCCUUCCUCUGUCUGCAGUGUGUGAGAUCUGCAAGGAGCCCAAUCAGGAGGAAACGGGAGACUCCUCCCUCACUCUGAUGGAAUGCUCCAACUGUGCGCAGAUAGUCCAUCCUGCUUGCCUCACGGUUCAGGGAGAAGGACUGGUGAAUAAAGACCUGCCCAGUUGUUGGGAGUGUCCAAAGUGUGUUCAAGGCAUCAUUGACCCAGAGUCAUCAGGCAGCGAUGAGUCGUUGGCUGCCGGCCACCAGCAGCACAUCCGUCCUCACGGCCCCCUGGUCCUCAGGCUGGGCCCCGGGCCCUCUGCUACCAUAGGGGGUCCUGUGGGCUCCCAGCAUGAUGGGGAAGUGGUCCGCUGUGGUUUCUUCCCUCCUCCUCCUCUUCCUUGCUGCUCUUCCUCCUCCUCAGCGUCACUUCUAUUGGUGGCGGCCCCUCUGCCUUCUCAGCCAAUCAGCUCGAGACUGCAGUGUAAAGGAGACAAAGGAGAAGGCCUUCCAGUGAAGCGAAAAUCUUCCACCCUGCUGGACGCACGCAUGGCUAAGAUUUACCGACGACAGAGACACAGCCGCGACGGGGACGACUCUGCAAGCGACGACGACGACGAAGCCUCUCAGAGAAGAAGGAUGGUGCUCCACGCCCGAGGGGGGAGCCACUCUUCCAGGAGGGGCUUCGGCGCCAACAGGAGAGGCCUGCUGAGAGGAGGCUCGGCCCACAGGGGAAGCAGAGGAGGCCUCAUGACUCCCGGCUCCUCCUCCGCCCUCAAGCUGAAGCGAGGGAUGGGCAUGAGGGAGGUCGGACGGAGGGGACGAGGGGUGAGGCUGCGGGGGGGCUCCAGGAUGCAGCGGAGGGGAGACGAUUCCGAGGAGUCGGACGACGAUGAUGACGACGACGACGAUGAAGACGACGAAGAAGAGGAGGAGGAGGAGGAAGAAGAGGACAGCGAAGAUCAGCGGCAUCGCCAUCGCAGGAGGAGGCACAGGACCGAUGACGACGAAGACGAGGACAGCGAGGGGCAGGAGUUUGACCCCGAAGACGAGGAGAUGGACACGCUGGAGGAUGAAGAGGAGGAGGAGGAGGAGGAGGAGGCGGAGGAGGAAGGGCGCUGGGAUUCAGACCCAGAACCUCCGGUCCUCCUGGUGUCUGAUCUGAACGACGACCUGCUGAGCGGCUCCUACCUGACUGUCACUCUACAGCGCCCCCACAAGGCCAAGAGACAAUCUGGCUCCAUUGUCCCAAAGCUGGAAGCGGCCAUGGGUCCGAGGACCACCGCAAUGGGUGCUGGCGGUCAGCAGGGCUUCAUCCAGAGAAAGACCGCUCUGUCCAAACCUUCGCGACUCAAAAGCGCCGACGCCUCAGGCGACGGCAUGACCCCCAGAGGACCCGGCAGGCCACGCCUGCGGGGUAACCAUGGCGACAGAAGUGCUAGAGAUCACUCUGCAUCUUCUUCAGAGGAGGGCGAAGCCGCCGCUCCGGCCGCACCCUCCUCUCUGUCUCCCCCGUCCCUGCUGUCUCUGCCGUCCUUUAAGGACGUGGGCAACGAGAGAGGAGGGGAGAAGGAGGUGUGGGUGUCCGUGUUCAAAUACCUGAACAGAGCCGAGCUGCUGGCCUGCAUGACCGUCUGCAAGGCCUGGUACAAGUGGAGUUGCGACAAGCGUCUGUGGAGCCACGUGGACGUGAGCCGGUGCAGCCCACUCACUAACCAGGCCCUGGCAGGCAUCCUCAAGCGCCAGCCCACCUCUCUAGACCUGUCCUGGACCCCUUUGGCCAAGAGACAACUCAACUGUCUGCUCACCAGGCUCCCAGGUCUGAGGGAGCUGAGGGUGACCGGUCUGUCCUGGUCCUGUCUGUCAGCGUUGGUCUCUCCCACUUUGCCCUACCUGCGGCUGCUGGAUCUGCGCUGGUGUGAAGGCCUUAAAGACGCCCAGAUUAAAGAGCUAAUCAUCCCGCCUGGUUCCGAGUCGUCUCGCAGCAGACUGAGAAAUAUGGUGACGCUGCGUCUGUCCGGUCUGGACAUCAGCGAGUCCACUCUGAGGCUGCUGCAGCGCCACAUGCCCCAGCUGGAGAGGCUGGACCUGGCUCACUGCAAGGAAAUAACCGACUCGUCCAUCGCCCUGCUGGCGGCGGCCGGGACUCACACCCGCAACAACCUGACUGAGCUCACGCUGGCGGGUUGCAGCGAGCUGACAGAUGGCUGUCUGUCCUACCUGAAGCGUCUCUCCUCCCUGACCCUGCUGGACCUCAGAGGCUGCAAGGGCGUCAGCAGGCGAGCCUGCGACGCCUUCAUCUCGGACCUGUCCCACGUCGCCCUGUACUGUAUGAUGGAGGAGAAGCUCAUCCAGCGCAUAGACUGACAGGAGCACCUCGUUACAGCACAACUUUGCGUAUCAUGUUCCUCAAAUCCUGAAAAGCACCAAACCUGGAGUUAGCUGACCAAACCUGGAGUUAGCUGACCCAACCAGCAGCCGUGUCAGUACUUUGGAGACGUCUCCUUUGGGUGCCAGAGCUCCUAAAGACCUCCACUUGCUGAAUCUUCUCUGCAAGACUACAAACAAACAUUUUUCCAAAAUGACAGAAUAUUUGUUUAAAAAGAUUUAUCUUGAAUCUUCCCAUUCUCUCCAUGUCUCCUGUCAUGGUUGGAAUGUACGUGGAGUUUUAUAACCAGAGAUCUGGUUACGUGUGAAACUACCUUUAUACAGACUGACACAGGCUGGAGCGCAGCUUGGAAGUGCAUUAUUUUUGAGAGUAAGAAAAUGGAAAAUAGAAAACUGAUCCUGUUUUCUCACUAAACUGUGUAUUACGGAGUCUGUGUGUGUGUACAGUGAUUUCCGUCUGUCUGUACAUAUAAAUGUAUUUACUUUUUCAUGUUUCAUCCAGAUUAACGUUCACUCAGACAAUUGACGUACAUUUUUUUUCUACUGGUGUCAAAGAAUGUGAAUUGUUGGACUUUGUGGAAUAAACGGUGCUUCAGUUUCUUUAAGAACA